CGAUACCUUCCGUUUGUUAUUAUGUGAAGGUUAUCGUUUUAUUUCUCCCGUUUUUUUAAUUUAUUUUAGUUUAAAGCAGUUAAAAACCACCAACCACCCCCAGUGUUCCAGUAUGAGAGUUUGCCUCGAAGAUAAUGUCGUUCUUCAGGAAAACCAGCCUAAAGGGCGUGGACUACAAGGCUCGACUGGAGCACAAGCUGUACCUGGCCAAAGAGGAUCCCGAUCCGAUAUUUGAUCUGUCUGACUGUGAUUUGAAAGUCGUGCCUAAAGGUGUAUACUCAGUCUGCAAAGUCCUGCGGAAGGAAUCACUCCUCUUGCACCAUAACUGCCUAAACUCCCUAUCUGGUGGUGGGUCUCUGGAGGACUUGAGCUUGCUGAACAUUCUAGAUCUCAGUUCCAACAACCUCAGCACAAUCCCGGAUAAUAUUUGUUACCUUACGAAUCUGAAAGAAUUAUAUUUAAAUAACAACCUUAUAAAGUCGCUUCCGGAUUCAAUCUGUGAGCUUAAGGAACUGCGAGUGUUGAGCUGUCCGUUCAAUCGGCUCAAGAAACUGCCACAAGGGAUGUCGGCGAUGAUGAGCCUCGAAGAGUUGUAUCUUCAGGGCAACCCUGCACUAUGCACGUUGCCAGACAACCUGUGCCUUUGCCCUCGCCUUUGCCAACUUGUCCUUGACAUCGGUCGUUUCUUCCAUCCACCCAAUGAUGUUGUCCUGCAGGGCACCAACGCCGUACUGACUUUUCUUGGCCUGCAAAUGGGAGUUGCUUAUAAAGGAGUCGUUGAGUUUAAGGAAGAGAAGAAGACUUCACAACAUGACAACAAAAACCUUGCCUACAGUUCAUCCCAAGAUAAGCUGAUUCAGGAAAAGUUAUUGGCGUUGGAGAAAAAAAAGGAGGGAAAACAGAUGGAGUGUCGAGCUAUUGAAAGAGAAUUGGCAGUUCAGAAGGAACAGGAAAUUAGAUUCCACAAUAUGUUGAAAGAAGGAAAAGACAAGCUGGUCGAAGACUUAAAGGCACAGCAGAUGAAAAUAGCUGAAGAGGUGCUCAAGUUCCAGAACAAAAAGGAGGCCGAAAGGUCCAAGUUGGUAACUCAUCUGAAGCAAAUGGAAGAAAGCUCUGACGUGAUCAUUAAAAAGAUGCUUCAAAUAGGCAAAGCGGAAAGACAACCAUGGAGGAUAAUUCAACAGCAGGAGAUGGAUCAUGCUGCUGAGGAAAUCCUUUUCCAGCACAACUUAGAUGUUGAUUUGAGAAAGAAAGAAAUUUUAAAUGAUAUGGGAAACCUCAUUGAAGAGGAAGGUCUUAAAAUAAUGGAGCAUGAAGAUAUUCGAGCCCAACUUGUUAAAGACUCACUAUCCAGGGAGGUUGAGUGGGAUGAACAGUUAGCAAACCUUUUUGCAAACAAACUCAACGAUCAGAGCUCAAUCGUUAAUUCGAUAGGCCAAAAUGAGACGAUGCAGGAAGCCGCAGUUGCCAAAUUGCUCGAAAAGAACGACCUCGAAUCAUGGAGGCUGACCGCCCAGUUGAAAAUUAUUGAGAGACAGCUCGCCCAUUUGACUAGCUUGGAGUUAAAAAAGAAAAAAUUCAACCUCGAACAGCUUCAAUGUGAGCUUAGCAGUAAGAGGUGUCAGCUUUCCGAACUACUCGUCUCUGUCCUCGCAAAACAAGAUGAGAGGAAGACCCAGCUUUUAAACAUUUUGAGAAGAAUGGAGGAGCGCAGACCAGAGGAGAGUCCGGACUACUGGCUAGAGCAGUACCAGAAACUGCUAGAAUGCCAGAUCAGGCUUGACAACAGUCUCGUGGAGGAGAUGGUACUCUUGGGCGUCCCACAGCACCUCCCUGCAUUGCUCAAUCUUGAGCUUGAUGAAGUCUCGUUUGAGAACUUAAAAGCUGUCGGUAUUACUGAUGAAGAGGAGAAGUUUGCUGUGUAUAAAGCCAUUAGGAAUUAUAUCACUAAAAAAGCUGUUGCGACUGCUCCAGAGUAUCAGGACGAAGCAGGUCCCAGUCCUACAGCUCCGCCUGUCGAUUAUGAUACAGAAUGCGUCAUUUGCAUGAAUAGCGAGUGCGAGUUAGUGUUUGUGCCAUGUGGCCAUUUGUGCUGUUGCCGAGGUUGUUCACAGAAGCUGGCCCAGUGCCCGCUCUGCAGGAGUCAGAUUGCUCAGAAGGUUUUUGUAAUAAUAAACACGGUUUAAAUUUUUAUUUUCGUCUGCACGAUUAACACGCAAGUUAACUUCCUAUUAGUUGGCUCUUGACUCACUUUGGGCCUCAUUUUUAUUGUAUUCAAAUGCAUCAAUGACUAUUAUUUUCUAUUUUAUUUUAUGGACAUGUUAUAUGAACUUUUUAUAUUAAACAUAUCAAUCUAAAGAAAAGUUUUCAUUUCAGUGUUAUAAAUUUAAAAAAUGUAUUAUUUUUUUCAUAAAUGCAAUGUGAGCUUACAAAUAAAGUGUCAUAUUUUGCACGAAAAAUAAAUAAAUUUAUCGAUAGCAUUCAUAAUCUGCUGCUAUUUGUUUUCCUGAUAUUAUUGUACGAUUGCUAUUAUAUUAAAAACCCUGUUGCCAAAACACCAUGUCAUAUUAAACCCAAUGCAUGGAGCAAUAUAUUUUUUAUAUUAAAAAAUAAAGCAUUAAUAGGCUAAGUAAAAAUAUAAAAAAGUUACUGUGAGUAAUGAACUAUCCCAGUGUUAAAUUAUAAAUGUAUUGCUCAGGGCCAUUUGUAAAAACUCAAAAAUUAAUUAAGCAAUAUACCGAUGGUCUUGCUUGACUAUUUGAUAUUAUUUUUUUGACUUGUCAAAAUAGAAAAAAAAAAUUAAGCAGCUUAAACAUUUGGUGAAAUUUAGUCGAGUUAUACUUAGACUUAAUUUUGAUGUAGAAUCGUUUAGACUGGAAUAAAAACCAAUUUCAGCAUUUUCAUCAGCAUAUUUGUGAUAUAACCACAAUGUUUGUGCAAUGAUCUCUUGAAAUAUAUGCGAUAUUGUAUUAUUCUUGCUGUAUGACAUUUUAGUUUAAUAAUAAUGUAUGUCAGAGUUAAUUACACAAUUUUUUGUAAAAUUUGA